AUGACAGAUGAUAUAUGCGUUGUCGGAACAGGAGUUAUGGGUGCUUCCAUCGCAAGGAACCUCGCUCAUCAUGGCUCCAAAGUUAUUGGUUAUGAUAUCUCAUGGGAAAGAACACAGAAGUUACUCGAAUUAAAGGAGGAAAACAUUACAGGUUACAAGACACUUGAAGAGGUUGUCAAGAACCUUAAGACUCCUCGUGUUUUCCUUGUUAUGGUUAACGCAGAAUACGUUGAUGAUGUUAUUAAGUCACUCAAGCCUUUAUUGGAAAAGAACGAUAUCAUCAUUGACGGUGGCAACUCCCAUUGGCCAGAUACAGAAAGACGUCAGAAAGAAAUUGCUGACUCAGGAAUCCACUUUGUUGGCAUGGGUAUUUCUGGUGGCCAAGAAGGCGCUCUUAAUGGUCCAUCAAUGAUGUUUGGUGGAGCUCCAGAGGACUGGGAACGUUGCAAGCCAAUUCUUGAACCAAUCGCAGCCAAAUCUGCUGAUGGCCAGCCAUGCGUUGACUUCAUGGGCAAAGGUGGCAGUGGUCACUUUGUCAAGAUGGUUCACAAUGCUAUCGAAUACUCAGAUAUGCAGCUUAUCGCCGAAACAUAUUUCUUACUCAAGAAUUCUCUCAACAAAUCCAACGAUGAGAUCGCAGACAUCUUCGGCGAAUGGAAUAAGGGUGUUCUCAAGUCCUAUUUGGUCGAAAUCACAGAGAAAGUCUUGAGAAAGAAAGAAGGUGAUGUUUCAUUGAUUGAUUUAAUCGUCGAUGCUGCAGAACAAAAAGGAACAGGAAAAUGGACAUCUCAGGAUUCCUACGAUAUCCCAGCUUGCACACCUGCUUUUGGUGAGGCCGUUUACGCUAGAGUUCUCUCAUCCUUGAAAGAUGAGAGAGUCGAAGCUGAAAAAGUCAUCAAUCAUCAUUCCAUUGAGAAUUCAGAAAUCAAAAUUACAGUUGAAGACCUUGAAAAGGCUCUCUACGCUUCAAAGAUCAUCUCAUACGCUCAAGGCUUAUGCAUGAUCCAGAAAUUCUCAAAGAAGAACGGUUACGAUAUUGAUAUUUCAAAGUGCGCUAAGGUUUGGAGAGGCGGCUGCAUCAUCAGAGCUGACUUCUUGAAUGAUAUUUCCAAGUACUACACAAAGGAGACAAAGAACCUUUUGUUGAUUCCAUUCUUCAAAGAGGCUGUUGAACAGAGACUUGAAUCACUUCGUAAUAUCGUUGCUUACAGCUCUCUCAAGGCUCUUCCUGUCCCACUUUACUCUUCUUGCCUUUCAUACCUCGAUUCAUACACAAGAGCUAAGCUCCCAGCUAACCUUAUCCAAGGCCUUAGAGACUUCUUCGGCGCUCACACUUACGAAAGAAUUGAUAAAUGCGGCCACUUCCAUACAGAGUGGACUGCUUAA